GUGCUUCGACAAGCUGUAUUUCGUUGGAAUCUCUUGCCUUCAGCUAUUCGAUAUUAGGGUCCUUGGUCAUGGCUUCUUACAUGGUCGUUUGUCCACUCUCUCUCUUCUACAUGGCGUCUUUCCUCUUAGCUCAGCCAUUAAUUUUUCUCUUCUACUUCACAUCCAUCACUUGACAAUCCAUAAUCGGCCUCAUCCCCAAAAUUUUGCCCAACCCAUCUGUUCUUCUUUGAUGUUGUGUUCAUGCACUAACCUUCGAAUGCUUAAACAAACCCACGCUCUCAUACUCUCCAACGGGUUUGAACCCAUCUCUAUUGCUCCUAAACUAAUAACCCUGUACACGGUGUUCGACGAUCUCGAAAGCGCCGUAUCGGUAUUUAAGGGCUUACCAGAAAUCAAUACUUUCACCUGGAAUAUAAUGAUAAAAGCCCAUGUAGAUUCUGGUGCCUUUGAUUCUGCUGUCUGCCUUUACCGAGAAAUGCGGGAAUCCGGUGCUCCCCACGACAGUUUUACGUUUCCUGUGAUCAAUAGAGCUAUUUCAUCACUUGAUCGGAGUCUUGGAUAUAGAGAAAUGGUUCACUCCCUUGCAAUUCAAAUGGGUUUUGGAUCCGAUGUGUAUUUUUGCAACACAUUGAUUGGGUUGUAUGUGAAGCAGGGGUGUAUUGGUCAUGCUUGUCAAGUGUUUGAUGAAAUGUGUCAUAGUGAUUUGGUUUCUUGGACAUCAAUGAUUUCUGGGUACGUUUGGAGUAGAAAUUAUUGUGAUGCUUUUAGGUUAUUCCAUGAUAUGCGAACCAAGGAAUUCACACCCAAUUCAGUGACGAUGUUGAUCAUGGUACAGGCGUGUUCUAUAUCUGGAAAUCCAGUUGGAGGUACGCAACUUCAUGGUUAUCUGAUCAAAAGAGGGUUCGAGAAUAACGUGUCUGUACAGAAUUCAAUCUUGGCUUUGUAUGCCAACACAGGGAAACUUGAAGAUGCAGAAAUUCUUUUUAAUAAAAUGGAUAAAAGGGAUGCUAUCUCAUGGAAUAUUAUGAUUUCUGGUUCUCUCUUGAUAGGAGAUUCUAUAAGAGUAGCUGAGAACUUUGACAGAAUGCGUUAUGAAGCUGUCCCCAGCCGUGAAACCUUAACCUUGGUUACCUCGGCCUUUGCCAAGUCGGGUAAUCUUAUUCAGGGUGAAAAGAUACAUGGUUAUGCAUUGAAAUUUGGACUUAUUGAUGUAGUUUUACAGACUUCUCUAGUGCAAUUUUAUGCCAAGUGCGGUUAGUUGGGGAUAUCAGCUCAAUUGUUCCAAGAAACCUGUAAGAGGAACACCAUCACUUGGAGUGCAAUGAUGUCAGGUUUUGUUCAAAAUGGGUAUUUUAAAGAGGCGAUUGAAUUGUUUCAGCAAAUGCAGUUUGCAAGUUUGAAACCUGGGGUUGACAUGUUAAGAGUCCUUGUCCUUACAUAUACCCAUUUGGGUGCAUUACGUUUGGGGAAAGGAGUUCAUGGUUAUGUAACAAAGAACAUAGUUCACAUCUCUGAAGAGGGUAAUAAAGCCAUGGAAAACUCUAUCCUAAACAUGUAUGCAAAAUGUGGCAGUAUUGUUUUGGCUAGAAGGUGUUUUGAUCAAAUGGUUGACAAAGAUGUUGUAGCAUGGAGUUCAAUGAUUGAGACCUAUGGGAUCCAUGGAUUUGGUUACAAAGCUCUGGAACUUUUUUAUCAGAUGGAGAAGGAAGGUGUAAAACCAAACAAGAUCACCUUUUUAAGUUUGCUUUCUGCUUGUAGCCACUCUGGUCUUGUUGCUGAAGGUUGUAGAAUUUUUAGCUGCAUGAGCCAGAUAUACUUCAUUAAACCUGAUAUAAAUCAUCAUACUUGCAUUGUUGAUCUUCUUGGUCGAUCUGGGAAGCUCUUAGAAGCCCUAGCUAUAAUUGAAAAAAUGGUUGUGAAACCAGAUAGUCGGAUUUGGGGUGCUCUGCUUGCAGCUUCUAGGGCUUAUUCUGAUGACAAAAUUGGGUCCUAUGCUGCUGAGCGGAUCUUGGAGUUGGAACCUGAUAAUGUUGGUUAUCAUACAUUAUUGAGCAAUGUACAUGCCAGUGUUGAGAGGUGGGCUAAAGUUGAAACUGUGAGGAUGGUCAUGUAUGAGAAGGAUCUGAAGAAGAAACCAGGUUGGAGCUUUAUAGAGGCAAGAGGGAAGAUUUGUGGGUUUGUUGCAGGUGAUUUAUCACUUGCUGAAGUACUAGUUGAGGAGACAUUGGAUGCUCAAGGACAAUAGAAAAAUUGGGUUUGAGCAGUUAAUUUUGUUUCAUGAAGAAAAAGAUUCUCGAUGUUAUAUUAUCCCGUGAUUAGUUUAUAAUUAGUGUAUAAAUU